AUGAUGAACAACAGCAGUGGUGAUGAGCAGGUUGAGUGUCCACUGUGCAUGGAGCCGCUAGAGGUGGAUGAUCUAAACUUCUACCCUUGUACCUGUGGAUAUCAGAUCUGUCGCUUUUGCUGGCACCGGAUCCGCACGGACGAGAACGAGCUGUGUCCGGCGUGCCGGAAGGCGUACCCGGAAAACCCGGCCGACUUUACGCCCCUGUCGCAGGAGCAGAUUGCGGCGUUCAAGGCGGAGAAACGGCAGCGGGACCAGCAGCGGAGAGCGAAGAUUUCCGAAAACCGCAAACACCUCGCUAAUGUGCGGGUGGUGCAGAAGAAUCUGGUGUUUGUCGUGGGGUUGCCGCCUAGAUUGGCCGAUCCGGAGAUUCUGAAGAAACAUGAAUACUUCGGAAAGUAUGGUAAGAUCCAUAAAGUGGUCAUCAACCCUAGUACGACGUAUGCUGGCGUGCAGGGUCCUUCGGCGUCGGCGUACGUGACGUACAUCAACAACAACGACGCGCUGAGGGCGAUCCAUAGCGUGAACAACAUCAUGAUCGAUGGUCGACUGAUAAAGACGAGCUUAGGUACGACGAAGUACUGUAGCCACUUUAUGAAAAACCAAACCUGUCCCAAGCCGGACUGUAUGUACUUGCACGAACUGGGUGAUCAGGAGGCUAGCUUUACGAAGGAGGAGAUGCACCAGGGGAAGCAUCAAGAGUACGAGAAGCGGUUACACGAUGCCAUGCAGGCGCAGUUAGGUCUGACGUCGGCAGCAGGAGGGCAUAGUCAAAAUGGUCAUGGUGGUAGCGGCAGCAGCAGCAGCGGCGGCAGUAGUAGUACGGCAACGGCGGCUUCCGGUGGUGGUACGGCCACUACAGCCACCAUCGCUGGACUGGUGUCGUCAACGGCGGCGGCAGUGGUGGCAGCGACGGCAACUACGGCAGCGGCUGCCGUUGCGGCAGGAACAACUGCAGGUGCGUCCUCCACGCUGGUGGUAAAUGGCGGCAGUGCGGGUAGUGCGGGUAGUGGUGGUGGUAGUGGUGACAGUGGUAUACCCAGGUCUGGCAGCGGCGGCACUAGCAACACCACCAGCGGCAGCGUCGGCACUAGAGGCACCAGCAAAUCGUCAUCCAGCAGUGAUAUAAAACAGAUUAGCGACAUUACCAAUGGACCGAUACCGAGCAAAGAAGCGUGGCCCAGCUUAUCGACGACGCCGAACGGCGGCAGCGCACACGGCGGCGGAAGUAGCAAUAAGGAGAAUAAGCUUAACGGUAAAACAGCAGUUAACGGGAGUGGUAGCAGCAACAAGGAAAACACGAAUCGAAGCGACCGAAAGCACGAAACGAAAUCUCGCACUAAAGGAGGCAAGAACAAGCAGCCGCAACAGCAGCAGCAGCAACACAAUAACAAAAAUAGUCACGACAAUUCCAGUAAUCAUAAAGAUAGUACAAGUAACGUGACUAGUGCCAACGGUGUUGUUGUGACUGCGAAGGGAGGCAGUGCGGCAUUGGUGGUGAACGGCAAGUCAAGCAAGGCUUCGGCAGGUAAACAGCAACGGAACGGUGCCCAGGAAACGCACGAAAAUGCGCUAGUUAAUGGAAACAGUAAGGAAGCGCAAAACAACAGCAAAAACCUCAAGCAGCAGCGCGAACGUGAACGAGAGCAGCAGCUUAAGGGUAGCAGUGAUAGCAGUGAGCAGCAGACACAAAGCAAGAAGCGAGAAACGAACGGCAUCAGCAAUGGCUCGACGGCGACCAGCAUUAGCAAUGGGAACGCAAAUGGCCAUAUUAUCAAUAACGAUUUGGACGAUGAUGAUGAUGAGCUGGACUUUGAGGAUCUGGACAAUGACGCGCUGUCGUCGGAUAAUGAUGGCAAAACGGAUUCCCCUUCGUUGAGUAGCUCGGCUUCAUCCCGGAACGGUGUUGACAGUGAAUCGGCUAGCGGUAAGAGCACACCAGGCGGGUUUGUCGAUACGCUUACCAAUGGUGACAGCAAUGUGAUAAACGCUGUAGCCGAGGAUGACGCCGUUGCAAGCACCACGGAUGGAAGCGAAACUAAUGCCAUACCACCUACAACCGUUGUUACGGUUGCCGGUGAAUCGAAUCGCAACUCCUCAUCACCGUCGUCCAGCUCGUCGAUGGGCGAUGAAAAGGCGGACAGCGAAAGUACUGCACCGGUCGCCUCGUCAUCCUCUACUACAACGUCGUUGUACGGUGGGUUGGAUGAUGGAACGGACACGAAUGCGGCUGUGAUCAGUGCGUCUAUGGGCAAACUGGCCGUCACGGACACCACUACAAGUAAUGGUGGUAUCAUGAAUCACCAGUUUGCCAAUGAAUUGCUCGAUAUGAGCAACUUGCGAUACAGUAAGCUCGACAGCAUACUGGAUGACAAUAGCAGCUUUUUCUCGUACAAUGCGUUCGAUCGUUACGGCAAGCCGAGCGUGACGGGCACGGACCUGGGUGUGGAUAGUGGAACCGGUCUGCCAAACGUCGGUUUAACUUCUUCGCAACUUCCCGAUCUCUUAAGCGGUACAAACGACACAAACGAACAGCACGCAAAGGAGCUGUUGAAAAACAUGGGCAAUUUGCAGCUGCAGCAGCAACAGCAACAGCAACAUCAGCAACAGCAUCACCCACAACACCAGCAGCAUCAGCAGCACCAGCAGCAUCAACAGCAUCUGCUACAGCAGGUCGCACGUUUGCAUCAGUUGUCUGCUGGACUGAUCGGCAGUGUUGGCGAGAGUAACAUGAUGAGUGGUGCUGCCGACGAACUAGAUCCGGCACUCAGCAAAUGUUUAUUACGGCAGAAGUAUAUGAUGGAGGAUCAGCAGCAGGAAGAGUGGCUUCGUCUACAACAGCAGCAGCAGCAGCUACAGCAACAGCAAGAGCAGCAGAAACGCAACCACCUGAAUAAUGGACUGAAUGGACUACCGCCAUUCCAUAAUUUUAACGAAGUUGGAACAAAUGAUUUUUGGCACAAAACAGUCGCUAUGCGGAAUAACUUCCUAAGCCAGCAGCAACAACAGCAGCAGCAGCAACAACAACAACAGCAGCACCCGCAGCAACAAAGGCUACACACAGACAUAAGCCAAAUGUACGGUAGCGCCAACAUGUCCAAGCUGAAUAAGUUCUUCGAUUUUCACAAAAACCAACAACAGCAGCAACAGCAGCAAUUUUUACUAAAUGGACAAACUUCAAUCCCACAGCAGGCGGUAGAAAUGAACCUGCUAGCACUAGAAAACAAUCGUCUAAAUGGCCAUUUCCUCGAACAACACAACGAAAGUUUAUUAAGCUCUCAGCAGCUUCAAAAGCAGCGGCUAUUUAACAUGAACAUGGGCACACACAACCCGUUGCUAAACGGUAGUGAACGCUCAAUGCAGCAGCAUAAGGCUGCGGUUGCGGCAGCCGCGGCGGCAGCAGCUGCUGCAGCAUCGCAGCAACAACCACAACCACCGGCCGGCAAUAGAACUCAGCAGCAGCAACAACAGCAGCAGCAGUAUCCCCAAAAUCCGACCGUAGACGAUGAGCUUGGGUUCGAUCCGUUCCUGGAGACCCAGAAAGCGCUUGCCGAGUUGAUGAACGAUGAAAUGAAUCAGCAGCAGCUGCCACCGAGCAGUGCCAACCACAGUAAGCUGUUGGAAAACGUGCAGCAGCAACAGCAACAACAACAGCAGCAUCAACAGCAACAACGUACCCGUAUGCCCCCACCUGGCUUCAAUCACAUGAACGCUUUCGGUUUCGGAGUACCACGGGCACAAGGUAGCAAAAUUUUACCAUUCAUGAACGGCGGUAUGCAAAUGCCCAACGGACAGCAACCGCAACAGCCGCCACAGAAUGGCAACUGGAAUCAGCAGAUGCAGCAGCAGCAACAGCAAUUCCUAGGAUACCAGCAAAAUGAGCACAUGGCACAAGCUCAACAGCAAAACGGACUCAACAAAGCAGCGUAUGGCAAUAAUCUCUCCGACUGGACGUCGAUGGAUCCGGCCAUCGUUUCGUAUCGUCAGUUCUCCUUCAUGAACGGUCCGAAUCAACCGGCCGGGGGUGACAUGUUUCUGAAUGCUCAGCAGCAACAGCAGCAGCAAAUGAAUCAGCAGCCAAAUCUUCAACCUGGACAAGGUUUUGGACACCAUGGUCUCAACUUGCAGUCGAACCUGAUGGGUCAACAGCAGCAACAACAACAGCAGCAGCAGCAACAACAGCAAGCAAAUCCACAGCUUAACUUUUCUCAUGUCAACAUCAUCAACAACGAGAGGAACGUUUUCAUGUACGAAGUAGCCAACUGCGGUUUCCCGAACGGCUUCGACAAGUACUCGAUCCCAAUGCCACCGGGCUUUCAGAAUAACGUCCCUGGCAACAACAAGCAGAAGACGGAAUGCAUCAACUAA